AUAUUUUAUUUAAAAAAAAUAUACUACUUUAUUUACAACAACAAAUUACUGCUAAUUAUUUAUUAGCAACAAUAACUUAUUUAAUUUAUGUCCAGUUUUGAAGUUUUGUGUUUGAGUGACGUUUACUGAGUUUUAGUCACCAAAAUAAUAAUGUUUGCUAUCGAGUUAUUCUUAAUUAAUUAAUCUUCUUUUACAUAUAUAUAUAUAUAUUAAUAUACUAGCUAAAAAAAUUUUCAAAUGGUUAGAAAAAGCACAGGCGGAGGUAAUUCUGUAGUUAAGGGCGGAGGGACGAUGCCCACGAACGAGGAGUGUGGAAUUCGCGAUGUCUGGGGACAUAAUCUCGAAGAAGAAUUUCGUACAAUACGUCAAGUUGUACAACAGUAUCCCUAUGUCGCGAUGGACACUGAGUUUCCUGGAGUUGUUGCCCGGCCAAUAGGUGAAUUUAGAACCAGUGCUGAUUAUCAGUAUCAAUUAUUGCGGUGUAAUGUUGACUUGCUGCGGAUUAUUCAAUUAGGACUCACAUUUUUAAAUGAGUCGGGUAAUACUCCUGGUGGUGGUUACACCACAUGGCAGUUUAAUUUCAAAUUCAAUCUGCAAGAAGAUAUGUAUGCACAAGACAGUAUAGACAUGUUACAAAACAGCGGAAUUCAAUUUAAAAAACACGAAGAAGAGGGAAUCGAUCCAUUGGAAUUCGCUGAAUUAUUAAUGACAUCAGGAAUAGUUCUGAUGGAUGACAUCAAAUGGCUGUCAUUUCACUCUGGUUAUGAUUUCGGUUACUUAUUGAAACUUCUUACUGAUCAGAAUUUACCCCAAGAGGAAAGCGAAUUUUUUGAAUUACUCAGGAUAUAUUUUCCGACAAUUUAUGACGUCAAAUAUCUCAUGAAAUCCUGCAAAAAUUUGAAAGGGGGAUUACAGGAAGUUGCUGAGCAAUUGGAAUUACAGAGAGUUGGCCCCCAGCAUCAAGCAGGUUCUGAUUCACUUUUGACUGGAAUGGUUUUCUUUAAAAUGCGUGAGAUGUUCUUCGAAGAUAAUAUCGACGAUGCCAAAUAUUGCGGGCAUCUAUACGGACUGGGUACGUCAUUCGUCGUCAAUGGCACUGGUGGCUAUCUUGAAAGCAAUGGCGACAACUCGUCAUCUUCAUAAAACCAUCAGCAAAAGCAAUAAAUAAAAAAAAAAUAAACAACAAAUAUAUAAACCCACCACCAAAAAGUAAAAUAAAAGCCAGUUCUAUGUGGUAAUUAUUUUACCCAUAGCUUUUAAAAAACUUUAUAAGCGAAACAAUUAGUUUGAGUAAUUAAGUAAUACUAGUAAAAAAAAAAAAUUCAAAUUA